AUGGCUGGCUCUAACAUCAUUUCCUCUUGUUAUUGUUGCGUUAUUUCCCUGGCAGCCUCCCCCAACCCCUACAGGGGAAGACCCUCUGCGUUUCGUUCUGCCCCCCUUCCUCAGGAGGAGGACAGCCCCGAUGAGCAACGUGGCCCGGCAUCAGGCGAGCCCACUCCCAAGGCGCCUCCUGCUCCUCCCGGCUCGGACGCAGGCCCUUCUCAACCCGCCGGCCCUUCUCAACCUGCACGCCAUUGUUAUAGGACCACUAUCCCCUCUGAAGCAGCUCAGGCUCGACGACAUGAUAUCUCUACUAGCGUCUUGGCUAUGAAAGGCUGCCUUGGCAGCUUGUGGGCAGAGAGCAUGAAUCAAAUGGGUAGCUUGUCGCCCUUAGCUCAAAUGGAUAGGUUCUCGAAGUCUUGGGCUAAAACUCACGCAGAGUCUCUGGUGCUGAACCAAUCCUUCCACACCCUCCAUCAUGAAAGCAAAGACCUCCGGGACAAAGUCUCCAAACUAGAGCUACAACUGAAUGAUCCCGAUCAAGCCAGCCACGCCUUGCGAGCCGAGAUUCGAGCUUUAACCAACCAGACUGAGCGACAAAAAAGGUCUCUGACGCAGGUCAGAGAUGAGCUCCGAGCUGUGCGUGAAGAAAGAGCUGCACAAGAGGCGGGAUAUCAGCAACAGCUCGCCCACCAGGUUCGGGAGAUUCAGUCCAGAGAUACCCUGAUACAGGAGAAGGACAAUAGGCUGGAGGCUCAGGCAGCUAAGUUGGCAGCCCAGGAAGUAGAGCUGCAGGCCUUGAGGGAGGAACUGUCUCAGUCUCAGGCGGCUCUGGCGGGAGUGUCUACAGCCUUGUGA